AUGCAACUCUCCCUUGCUGAGGCCGAGUCUGGCGCUAGUUCCACAAAGCAGGAUGAGACGGAGGAGGAACUGCAAUUGGCUCUAGCUAUAUCUCAAAGUUUGGCAGAGCAGCAAGGCUCUGCCAGUGCCAGUGCCAGUGCCAGUGACAGUGCUAGUGCCAGUGCCAGUGCCAGCGCCAGCGCCAGUGCCAGUGCCAGUGCCAGUGCCAGUGCUAGUGCCAGUCAUUCCGAAGCCAGCUUCAGUGCUGUUCAAGGUGGUCAAGAUGGCCAAUGGGACUCUUCAGGCAAUACUACCUCUGCAUCAAAACUUACAACCGCUUACACUACUCAGCUGAAUGGUCGUGAUGGGCGCCUCGCAUCUACGGCUGCCGGCUCCAAAGCUGCCCCGUCCCGUCGUAACCCAUUUGACAUGCCCCAGCGCCAGCCCUCAGCAUCUACCUCCACUUCGCUGUCAACAACGUCAACCAAGCUUAUCACGACGUCCCCGUCCAACCCGUUUGCCUCUGAUGCAGCCCAGACAGCAGCAACUGAUGUGGCGGUGACAGCAACCACGACCCGCACCAUGCUGUCCUUUGGUGGGGCAGAGCUUGCGGGCGUAGACGAUGGCAUGGGCGUCACCCUGGCUGAUAACGAGGACUACAUGCCUACGCUGGAAAAUUACAACACGAGCACAGACGUUGGAGCUGGUGCAACAGCUGCUGCCUCCCAACUUGCUGAGCUUGAGCUCGAAGGUCCAGACACAAGCGACUCUGGCGGCCAUAUCCGCACAGAAGCUGAAAAACUCAUCUUGGAAGCACAGGCUAAAUUUCGCGCAGCGAGGUCGGAGAGCUGCUCCUCCGAUCGGAUGGAAAAUCCUGCCACUCCACCCCAAACAGGUGUCUUCGGCUCGCCACAAGCCGUUGCUGCUGCUGUGGGCGUGCAGCAUUUGGAAGAUGAAUCCAGCGCCUAG